AUGCGGGUCGGUCCCGUGCGCUCUGCCAUGAGCGGCGCCUCGCAGCCCCGCGGCCCGGGGACCCUGCUGCUGCCGCCGGCCGCCCGGGGCGCCCCGGCCAAGCGCCUGCUGGACGCGGACGACGCGGCGGCCGUGGCGGCCAAGUGUCCGCGCCUCUCCGAGUGCUCCAGCCCCCCGGACUACCUCAGCCCCCCCGGCUCCCCCUGCAGCCCGCAGCCUCCUCCCGCCGCGCCCGGCUCUGGCUCCGACGGCUCGGGGAGCGCGCCGGGGCCCAGCCGCAUCGCCGACUACCUGCUGCUGCCCCUGGCCGAGCGCGAGCAUGUGUCCCGGGCGCUGUGCAUCCACACGGGCCGCGAGCUGCGCUGCAAGGUAUUUCCCCUAAAACACUACCAGGACAAAAUCAGGCCUUACAUCCAGCUGCCGUCGCACAGAAACAUCACCGGCAUCGUGGAGGUGAUCCUCGGGGAGACCAGGGCCUACGUCUUCUUUGAGAGGGACUUUGGGGACAUGCACUCCUACGUGCGCAGCCGCAAGAGGCUGCGGGAGGAGGAGGCUUCCCGGCUCUUCAAGCAGAUCGUCUCUGCCGUCGCCCACUGCCACCAGUCAGCCAUCGUGCUGGGGGACCUGAAGCUUAGGAAGUUCGUCUUCUCCACGGAGGAGAGAACCCAGCUCAGACUGGAGAGCCUGGAAGAUACGCACAUAAUCAAGGGGGAGGACGACGCUCUGUCAGACAAGCACGGCUGCCCGGCCUACGUGAGCCCCGAGAUCCUGAACACCACGGGGACCUACUCCGGCAAGGCAGCGGACGUGUGGAGCCUCGGGGUGAUGCUCUACACCCUCUUGGUGGGACGGUACCCCUUCCAUGACUCAGACCCCAGCGCCCUCUUCUCCAAAAUCCGCCGCGGACAGUUCUGCAUUCCCGACCACAUCUCCCCCAAAGCCAGGUGCCUCAUCCGCAGCCUCCUGCGGCGGGAGCCCUCAGAGAGGCUCACCGCCCCGGAGAUCUUGCUCCACCCCUGGUUCCAGGCCGUCCUGGAGCCCGGCUACGUGGACUCAGAAACGGGAACUGCAGACCAGAUUGUCCCAGAGUACCAGGAGGACGGCGACGUGAGUUCCUUCUUCUGCUGA